AUGGUUACAAUUGUGCUUGGAUCCCAAUGGGGGGACGAAGGCAAAGGCAAGAUCACGGAUCUUCUCUCGCAGACGGCUGAGCUUUGCUGUCGCUCCGCCGGUGGCCACAAUGCCGGACACACGAUUGUACACGAUAACAUCACCUACGACUUCCACAUCCUGCCCUCCGGCCUCAUCUCGCCGACGUGUGUCAACCUGAUCGGCGCCGGGACGGUCGUCCACCUGCCCAGCUUCUUCAAGGAGCUCGCCGCGCUCGACGGCAAGGGCCUUGCGAACGUCCGGGACCGGGUGUUCAUCAGCGAUCGAGCCCAGGUCUGCUUCGAUCUCCAUUCGGUGGUCGACGGCCUGGAGGAGGCCGGGCUUGGUACUCGCAAAGUAGGGACGACGGGCAAGGGAAUCGGGCCAUGCUACAGUGACAAGGCCGCCAGGCGCGGCGUCAGGGUCGGCGAUAUCAUGGUCGAAGGCGUGCUGGAAUCCAAGCUGAGGAGCCUUGAAGCCGGCUACCGGAGACGGUUCGGAGAGCUAGACUAUAAUGUCGAAGAAGAGAUUGCCAGAUUCAAGGAAUACCGGAGUCUUCUGAAGCCGCAUAUCGUCGACCAAUUGGCGCUGCUCAAGAAGUUCGAGGACAAAUCUGCCUCUAUACUCGUCGAGGGCGCCAAUGCCCUCAUGCUCGACAUCGACUACGGCACCUAUCCCUUCGUGACGUCUUCCUGCACCGGCCUCGGCGGCGCCAUCCAGGGAAUAUGCUUAAACCCAACCUCCAUCAAGUCUAUCGUCGGCGUUGUCAAAGCCUACUGCACUCGCGUGGGCUCCGGGCCUUUCCCUACCGAGCAGCUCAACGAGUUCGGUGAGAAGCUGCAGGUCACUGGCCGCGAGUUCGGUGUAACCACCGGCCGCAAGAGACGCUGUGGCUGGCUGGACUUGGUCCUGCUGCGAUACAGUGCCAGAAUCAACCACUAUACUGCUCUCAACCUGACCAAGCUGGACAUCCUCGACGACUUUGACGAGAUCAAGGUUGGUGUUGCCUACAAGCUCGACGGUAAGGAGCUCGAGUCCUUCCCUGCCAGCUCAGAUGACAUGGAGAAGGUCGAGGUUGUCUACGAGACCUUGCCUGGCUGGAAGUCGACCACCAUGGGCGUCUCCAAGUGGGAGGAUCUCCCCGUCAAUGCACAGAAAUACGUCGACUACAUUGAGCGUUCCCUCGGCGGCAUCCCUAUCAAAUGGAUUGGAACCGGCCCUGCCAGAGCGCACAUGAUCGACCGCAACUAG